UUCGAGAGGGUCAGCAUGCUGGUGAUUCUGCUCAACUGUGUGACGCUGGGCAUGUUCCACCCCUGCGAGGAUAUCGCCUGCGACUCGCCGCGCUGCAGGAUCCUCCAGAGCUUUGAUGACUUCAUCUUUGCCUUCUUUGCUGUGGAAAUGAUCGUCAAAAUGAUUGCACUGGGGAUUUUUGGGAAGAAAUGCUACCUGGGAGACACAUGGAACCGCCUGGACUUCUUCAUCGUCAUUGCAGGGAUGCUGGAGUAUUCCCUGGACCUGCAGAAUGUCAGCUUCUCAGCCGUCCGCACCGUUCGAGUCCUGCGGCCACUCAGGGCCAUUAACAGGGUCCCCAGUAUGCGCAUCCUGGUGACACUGCUUUUGGACACACUGCCCAUGCUGGGGAACGUCCUCCUCCUCUGCUUCUUCGUCUUCUUCAUCUUCGGCAUUGUGGGAGUCCAGCUGUGGGCAGGUUUGCUCAGGAACCGCUGCUUCCUCCCUGAGAACUUCAGCAUCCCCUACACGGUUGAUUUGGAACGGUACUACCAGACAGAGAACGAAGAUGAAAAUCCCUUCAUCUGCUCCCAGCCCCGGGAGAAUGGGAUGCGCUACUGUCGGAGUAUCCCAACACGGAGGGAAGAGGGUCUGGAGUGCACUCUGGACUACUAUUCCUACAAUGACACCACCAACACAUCUUGUGUGAACUGGAACCAGUACUACACCAACUGCUCUGCUGGGGAGCACAACCCCUUCAAGGGAGCCAUCAACUUUGAUAACAUUGGCUACGCCUGGAUUGCGAUAUUUCAGGUCAUCACGUUGGAAGGCUGGGUGGACAUCAUGUACUUUGUCAUGGAUGCACACUCCUUCUACAACUUCAUCUACUUCAUCCUCCUGAUCAUUGUGGGCUCCUUCUUCAUGAUCAACCUGUGCCUGGUGGUGAUAGCGACGCAGUUCUCUGAGACAAAGCAGCGUGAGAGCCAGCUGAUGAAGGAGCAGCGCGUGCGCUACCUGUCCAACGCCAGCACCCUUGCCAGUUUCUCAGAGCCAGGAAGCUGCUAUGAUGAGCUCCUCAAGUACCUGGUUUACAUUGCCCGGAAGGGCAGCAAGCAGCUGGUGAAGGCCUACAGGGCAGCAGGUGUGAGGAUGGGCUUCCUCAGCAGCCCCACGAGCAAGGCGAGGGCCGAACGGCGCGCCAGGAAGCGCCGGAGCAGGAAGAGAUCCUCCGUGCACCACCUCAUCCACCACCACCAUCACCACCACCACCACUACCACCUAGGCAACGGGAACCUGCGAGCACCCCAUGCCAGCCCGGAGAUCAGCGAUGUGGAGACCAGCUCACUCCACAACGGGACCAACCGGCUGAUGCUCCCUCCCUCAGCACCCAAUUCCCUGGGGGCCCCCAGUGCCUCUCCCAGCAACACUGAGUCUGUGCACAGCAUCUACCAUGCCGACUGUCACUUUGAGCCGGUGCGCUGCCGGUCAUCCCUGACACAGCCAAGCCUCGGUUUGCCAAGCCCAGAAGGGAUCCCCAAGAACAUAGUGGGCAGCAAGGUGUACCCCACAGUGCACUCCAGCACCUCCCAUGAGAUGCUGAAAGAGAAGAACUUGGGGGAGGCGGCAGUGGGUGCUGGGAGCAGCACCUUGACGAACCUCAACAUCCCUCCCGGGCCAUACAGCACCAUGCACAAGCUGCUGGAGACACAGAGCACAGGUCCCUGCCAAAGCUCUUGCAAGAUCUCCAGCCCCUGCACCAAGCUGGAUGGCGGCUCCUGCACCCCCGAGAGCUGCCCUUACUGCCUCACGGCGCUGGCAGGCGAGGCCGAGCUGUCAGACAAUGAGACAGCCGACUCAGACAGUGAGGGGGUCUACGAGUUCACGCAGGAUGCUCACUACAGUGACCAGCGAGACCCACAAAGGGGCAGAGCCCGGGCCAGGAGAGCCCAUCUGGUGCUGGCCUUCUGGCAUGUGGUGUGUGAGACUUUCCAGAAGAUUGUGGACAGCAAAUAUUUCGGCCGUGGGAUCAUGGUGGCCAUUCUCAUUAACACACUCAGCAUGGGGAUCGAAUACCAUGAGCAGCCGGAGGAACUUACCAAUGCCCUUGAGAUCAGCAACAUCGUCUUCACAAGCCUCUUUGCCCUGGAGAUGCUGUUGAAAGUCCUUGUUUAUGGUCCUUUUGGCUACAUUAAGAAUCCAUACAACAUCUUUGAUGGGAUCAUUGUGGUGAUUAGCGUGUGGGAGAUCGUGGGCCAGCAGGGCGGGGGGCUCUCAGUCCUGCGCACCUUUCGUCUUAUGCGGGUGUUGAAGCUGGUCCGCUUCAUGCCAGCACUGCAACGCCAGCUCGUCGUCCUCAUGAAGACCAUGGACAAUGUGGCCACCUUCUGCAUGUUGCUGAUGCUCUUCAUCUUCAUCUUUAGCAUCCUGGGCAUGCACCUCUUCGGCUGCAAGUUCGCUUCAGAGAGGGAUGGUGACACGCUGCCUGACAGGAAGAACUUUGACUCCUUGCUCUGGGCCAUCGUCACUGUUUUCCAGAUUUUGACGCAGGAAGACUGGAACAAAGUCCUUUACAAUGGCAUGGCCUCCACCUCAUCCUGGGCUGCUCUCUACUUCAUCGCUCUCAUGACAUUUGGGAAUUAUGUUCUCUUUAAUCUGCUGGUGGCCAUCCUGGUAGAGGGUUUCCAGACAGAGGAGAUCUCCAAGCGAGAAGAAGCGAGUGGGCAGUUAAGCUGUAUUCAGCUGCCUGUCGACUCGUCGGGGGGUGAUGCUUCCAAGUCUGAUUCCGAGGGGGAUCUCUUCCCCCACAGCCUGGAAGAGGAGGGAGAACCUAAGAAGUGUCUUCCAGCGAUGGCCCUGAGCGACCACCCGGAGCUGAAGAAGAGCCUGACCCCGCCGCUCAUCAUCCAUACGGCCGCCACGCCCAUGCCCAUGCCCAAGAGCGCCGCGUUCGGGGACGCGGCGCAGGGCUACGAGUCCCGCCGGGCCAGCGGCGUCUCCAUGGACCCCGCUGCCGCCCAUGAGCUCAAGUCCCCGCCCAGCACCCGCAGCUCCCCGCACAGCCCCUGGCGUGCCAGCAGCUCCUGGAACAGCCGCCGCUCCAGCUGGAACAGCAUCGGCCGGGCCCCCAGCCUCAAGCGCCGGGGUCAGAGCGGCGAGCGGAGGUCCCUCCUGUCCGGGGAGGGGAAGGAGAGCUCGGAGGAAGGGGACAGCUCGGAUGAGGAGCACUCUAGCCGGGCCGGCAGCUUCAAUGGCUCUUUGCCUCACCGCAUGGAGUCGCUGGAAACGAAAGGGUCCUUUGACCUCCAGGAUACUCUGCAGGUGCCUUCCCUGUAUCGGACCAGCAGUAUGCACAGCACCAGAACGUCUGUCUCUGAGCACCAGGACUGCAAUGGGAGGACCUCUCCAGGUCUGCUGCUGCACCAGCUCCACCUUGAUGAGCCCCACCAGGAUGGUGAUGACGGCGAUGAUGAAGGUAGCAUGAGCAAAAGGGACCGCGUGAAGGCCUGGGUACGGGCACGGCUCCCCACCUGCUGCAAAGAGAGGGACUCCUGGUCCAUCUACAUCUUCGCCCCUCACUCCAGAUUCCGUCUGAUGUGCAAUAAAAUCAUCACUCACAAGAUGUUCGAUCACGUCGUCUUGGUGAUCAUUUUCCUGAACUGCAUUACCAUUGCCAUGGAACGACCCAAAAUUGAGCCUCACAGCGCUGAACGGAUUUUCCUAACACUCUCCAACUACAUCUUUACAGUCAUCUUCCUGACUGAGAUGACAGUUAAGGUGGUGGCACUAGGCUUGUGUUUUGGGGAGAAAGCCUACUUGAAGAGCAGCUGGAAUGUGCUGGAUGGGGUGCUGGUGCUCAUCUCCGUCAUCGACAUCCUGGUCUCGAUGGUGUCAGACAGUGGCACGAAAAUCCUGGGGAUGCUGCGGGUUCUGAGGCUACUGAGGACACUGCGGCCCUUGAGAGUCAUUAGUCGAGCCCAAGGACUGAAGCUGGUCGUGGAGACUCUCAUGUCAUCGUUGAAACCCAUUGGGAACAUUGUGGUCAUCUGCUGUGCCUUUUUCAUAAUCUUCGGGAUCUUGGGAGUUCAGCUUUUCAAAGGCAAGUUUUUUGUGUGCCAGGGGGAGGACACCAGAAACAUCACAAAUAAAUCGGAUUGUACAGAAGCAAGCUACAAAUGGGUCCGGCACAAGUAUAAUUUUGAUAAUCUUGGCCAGGCCCUGAUGUCUCUCUUUGUCCUGGCCUCCAAGGACGGGUGGGUGGAUAUCAUGUACGAUGGCUUGGAUGCUGUGGGAGUCGACCAGCAGCCAGUCAUGAACUACAAUCCAUGGAUGCUCCUCUACUUCAUUUCCUUCUUGCUGAUUGUGGCCUUCUUCGUCCUCAACAUGUUUGUGGGGGUGGUGGUAGAGAAUUUCCACAAGUGUCGGCAGCACCAGGAGGAGGAAGAAGCAAAGAGGCGAGAGGAAAAAAGGCUCCGCCGGCUGGAGAAAAAGAGAAGGAAUCUAAUGCUGGAUGAUGUAUUAAUGGAGAGCUCAGCCAGUGCAGUGCAAGAAGCUCAGUGUAAGCCCUACUACUCGGAUUACUCCCAUUUCCGCCUCCUGAUUCACCAGAUGUGCACCAGCCACUACUUGGAUCUGUUCAUCACCGGCGUCAUCGGCCUCAAUGUCAUCACCAUGGCCAUGGAGCACUACCAGCAGCCAAAGGUUCUUGACGAAGCCCUGAAGAUUUGCAAUUAUAUCUUCACCGUUAUCUUUGUCAUGGAAUCUGUUUUCAAGCUUAUUGCCUUUGGAUUUCGCCGGUUCUUCCAAGACAGAUGGAACCAAUUAGAUCUGGCAAUUGUGCUGCUUUCUAUCAUGGGCAUCACUUUGGAAGAGAUCGAGGUGAAUGCUUCACUACCAAUUAACCCCACGAUUAUCCGGAUCAUGAGGGUUCUCAGAAUCGCCCGAGUGCUGAAGUUGCUGAAGAUGGCUGUGGGGAUGAGGGCCCUUCUGGACACCGUGAUGCAAGCGCUACCCCAGGUGGGAAAUCUGGGCCUUCUCUUCAUGUUGUUGUUUUUCAUAUUUGCAGCUCUUGGAGUGGAGCUGUUUGGAGACCUUGAGUGUGAUGACACACACCCCUGCGAGGGGCUGGGACGGCAUGCCACAUUCAGGAACUUUGGGAUGGCCUUCCUGACCCUAUUCCGAGUAUCCACAGGAGACAACUGGAAUGGGAUAAUGAAGGACACACUGCGUGACUGUGACCAGGAGUCCACCUGUUACAACACUGUCAUUUCCCCCAUCUACUUCGUCUCCUUUGUGCUGACAGCCCAGUUUGUCCUGGUGAAUGUGGUGAUUGCGGUGCUUAUGAAGCACUUGGAGGAGAGCAACAAGGAGGCAAAGGAGGAGGCAGAGCUUGAAGCAGAACUGGAGAUGGAGAUGAAGACCAUCAGCAUUGGCCAGCACAGCCCGUCGAACAUCUUUGCAUGGACAGGCACCACCAGUGGAGAGAGACCAGAGAACCCCAGCGGAUUUACCGAUCCCAUGCAAAUCAAGGUGGAUUCUCAGCUCUCACUAGCUUAUCAUAUGGAAAGGCACUUGUUUGAUACCAUAUCACUGCUGAUCCAGGAAUCUCUGGAAGGAGAGCUGAAGCUGAUGGACAACCUGUCAGGCUCUGUGUGCCAUCAUUAUGCCCUCCCAGCUCCCGAAUAUUACAACUCUGAGAACCAGAUCCCUCUAGCUGAGAUGGAGGCUCUAUCUCUGACGUCAGAUAUUCUCUCUGAAAAGUCCUGGUCCUUAGCUCUGACGGAUGACUCUUUUCCUGAUGACAUUAACACACACUUACUUAAUGCUCUGGAAAGCAAUGCUGAUCUCCGCUCCAAGGACGACACACUGACCCUGUCCCCCAGCAAGGACCUGCUGAGUGUGAGGAAGCCCUCGGUGGGACGCACCCACUCCUUGCCAAAUGACAGCUACAUGUUCCAGCCGCCCUACUCCAGCCCCUGCCCUGCCUCCCUGGGCAACAGGAAACCAGCACAUCACAAGUCCCAGUCAGGUUCAAAGGCAUCGGUGCAGUCACAGCCGGCAGACACCAGCUCCCUCCUGCAAAUUCCAAAGGACCAUUUCCACCAUGUAAGAGCUCACGACCACUUGGUGGGGGAGAGCAAGCCCCGGGUCUCCCAGCAGGCACACUCCCCUUCUGCUGAAAGGCUGCUCCGCAGACAGAUGGCUAUAAGGAAUGACUCUCUGGAUAGCAAGGAGAAUCUCCACACCGAGGCACCAGCAUCCUGUGCUUGUGCAGACUCGUAUCAGGAGACCCCUGAAGAUUCAAUGGACCAAGAAGCAUCUGAAAUAAACAGCUCCUCGGAGCCUUUCACUUCAGAAACUUGCACAGCCUUGAGUGCCUGUUCGGAGGGUCAGCCUCUCACACCUAAGAGGAACAUGGGCAAUACUGGCAACGUGAUACUGAAGGACCUGAAGAAAUAUCACAGUGUAGACACCCAGGGUCUGCUAAAAAAACCGCCCUCUUGGUUAGAUGAUCAAAGGAGACAUUCAAUAGAGAUUUGUUCCAUAGAAAACAGCCCUCAGCACCAUUCCACGUCCAGCUCUUCUGGCUUUAUAAGUCAGGUGGUCAGUGAAAUGGAAUGCUUGCAAGGUACACGGCAGAAGAAGAAACUGAGCCCUCCUUGUAUAUCUAUAGAUCCACCUGAUGGGCAGAGUUUGGUACCUAGGGGACCCCACAGCAUCUCACCUGCCAGUGGAGACGUUUGCUUGAGGAGGCGUGCUCCAUCCUGUGAGUCCAAGGAUUCAGUGGAUAUAGGGGAUUCACUGCUUCCAGACAGUAUGUCAACAUCUCCUACCCCAAAGAAAGACUUGUUGACACUUCCUAGCUUUUCCUUUGAUCAAACAGAAAUGGACCCCUGAGUUACUUUUCUGUUGGUGCCAAAUGUCUUCUUCCUUUCAUGUAAUAGAAAAAAAAUCAUAAAAACUCUGUACUCCAAAAUGGCACUGGGUAAAAAAUUUCCAAAGAAAGAUUAAAGAACCAGCUGGUUAAAAGAGUGGUUAACCUAUAUCACGCUUACUUAAGCAUAUGUUCUGCUUAGGUAAAAGCAAUACAAUGUGCAGAAUCUAUAUGUAUAUUAUAUUUUAUUAAAUUAAUUGAAUCUA